AUGCCGUUCAUUCUCUUCUUCAUCGCACACAUCAUGGCGCUCCGAUCCACCACCGAGGAUAUCUUACCCGACUUCUGCCACGAUUGCGAGUACCCGCAUUUCAAUGGACCGCGACCAGACAUGUACACGACGUUGUCGUGCGUUCGUCAGCUGGACAUGAUGUCGCCCCGAGAAAGAGUGCAGUACUACGUCCGCGACAAUCCAAUCUGCAUUGCACUCGUCGUUUUCGAAGGAUUGCGUCCGCUUUACACGCUGCGUGCAGGAGUGCCGGCCAGCUCACUUCCUGAGGAAUGCUACAAGAAUAAACAAAAGGGAGGUUUUGGAGUCGACAAUCAUUGGCAGGCUGAAGUGAUAAACCAUUCGAAUUAUGACAAGCUCUCGGCUAUUGCGGAUGCUGAUCAUGAAAAGAACGAGACAAGACGAUACGUUGGGGCGUUGAUGUGCUGUGGGACGCCAAUAUGCAACUCGGAUGAUGUCGAAUUUUUCCAACCGAUGCGUAUUGGAAAACGAGAGGUGAAGCACAAAGAUUGGACGGCUGCGAUGCCCAUUCUCAUUGUCAUCUCUAUCUUCACGCUAACGCUGUGGCCAUUUUUCUCCGAAGUUGCUGAAUUGAACAGAUCGAGAGCCCUUGAAAAGAUUGAGAAGCCGUGCACUUUGACUGAUGAGUGGUACAACUGUCCACAGCCGGUGACGCUAUAUUUUCGAGAGACAGUGUGCGCACUUUUUCGAGGAGACAAGAGUGGCUACAGACAACUGCAUAUUGUGCUCGGGGGGUUGAACAGAAAACGUGGGAUUGCAGAGGACAAGCCGAGUGAAAAGUUCAGCGCCGAACCUCCAACAGAAAUAGCAACAUUUUGGAUCUGUGACACGAAAUUUACCAAGGUUGGUCGAAAGAUGAGCACAAGACUGGAGGAACUCGGCGCAAGACUUAUCGAGCAUGGACCUUUCGAAUUCGACUUCAACGUUCUCGAGUUAGCCGAUCUCUUCGACAAAGCAACACAGCUUUUGGAUCAUGAACCGUCUCUUCUCGCCCUACCCGCAAACGUUGUCGUUGUUGGAUCGAUUGAAGGCAACUAUGUCCAACUUUUCCGUAUCUUCCAAAAAUGGGGAUGGCCGCCUUUGCAACGAUACCUAUUCCUCGGCGGACUCACUCUACCGGAUGUGCCCGAAUCGCUUGAAACGUUCUGCUUGCUUUUGGCGCUCAAGUUACGCCACCCCCACUUCAUCUACUUCUUGCGAGGCGUCUCGGAGACCGACGGACUCAAUCUAUACGCACGAUUUCCGGAACGAUUGGCGAAUGUCAUCUCUCAAAUGACGAAUGAAAUUCACGCUCGUUUCCCGCUCGCUGCCGUUGUUGCCGAUCGAAUCUUUUGUGUCUAUGGCGGUUUAGCUCCAAAGAUCUCGCUCCGUUCGAUCCUUGACAUCAAAAAAGGAGCCGCUGAGGUGAAACGAGGAACGAUGGCCGCGAAUUUGAUCUUCUCGAUGCCCGACCCGACUGAAACGCACAAGAUUCCCGGUGGUCGUGGGUGGUUGUUUGGGCCGAAUGUUGUGGAGGCCUUCAUCAAAAAGCAUCAGAAUAUCAGGGCUAUCAUUCGAAGUCGAAACAUUGUCGAUACGGGAAUUAAUGUAUGCAAGUGCAACGACAUUCCGAUCUACACAAUUCAUUCAUCGCCCGAUCAGCCAAAUGAGGAACGCGAAGGACAUCGAUCGGCCGCCGUUUUGAACAUCAAUAGCUACGGGGUCUCUGCAUUGCGCUUUUCCUCCCACAAAAACUUUAUCGGUGUUGUCCGUAAUGUGAAAAAUAAAGAGAAGCAAGAACUCGAUCCGACCGCAAACUACCGAAAGACGUCGAACAUCAAGACUUUA